AAAGCAAAUUUGUUUAUAAAUAAAUUGUGAUGAUAUUUAUAUUUAUUUAAUUUGACUAUUUUAUUAUUAUUAUUUUGGCAGGAAUUAUGGUUCGUAAAAGUUUUCAUACGGUUGUUGAAGGUUCAGUUAAUUCACUGGCCACCAAUAAGGAUGCGAAUCAUGUUGUGGUUGCGGGACGAAAUGUACUCAAAAUGUUUGAGAUUCGUGAUGAUCUUAAUAUGUUUGUUGAAAAGAUUAACCUGAGAGUUGGUAAAAAUCAGUUUAAUUAUAAUACAAAUGAUAUUUCCUGGUCUUGGUUAGACGAGAAUCUAUUGGCAACAGCGGCGACUAAUGGAAUGAUUUAUAUUUGGAAUGUCGAACGUAAUACAAGAGGUAAAGUGGAGACUAUUUUCACUGAUCAUCGGAGGACAGUUAAUAAAAUUUGUUUCCAUCCGAGUGAAGUGACAUUACUUUUAUCUGGUUCGCAAGAUGGAACAAUGAAAUUAUUUGAUUUACGUAAAAAAGAAGUGGUAACAACUUUUCAUUCAAUGUCGGAAAGUGUUCGUGAUGUACAAUUUUCCACUUUCCGUGAAUCAGUUUUUUCUGCUGUUCAAGAAAAUGGUAAUGUACAAAUUUGGGAUUUAAGGAAAAAUGAUAAACCUGAAAGACAGUUUACUGCUCACAAUGGACCAAUUUAUGCCUGUGAUUGGCAUCCAGAGGAUAGGAAAUGGUUUGCCACCGCUGGUCGGGAUAAUACAAUUAAAGUUUGGGAUCUGUCAAAGAAGCCAAAUUGUUGUUAUUGUAUUCAAACAAUGGCCUCUGUUGCUCGAGUUGUUUGGAGGCCAAAUCGACGUAAUAAUAUUGCCAGUUCAUCUUUAAAUGUUGACUUUUCGGUUUACGUUUGGGAUAUUGAUCGUCCUUUUGUACCAUUUGCCGCUUUUACCGAACAUUCUGAUAUAACCACUGCCAUACUUUGGAGAAAUGAUCCACAUACAUUAAUUUCCGCCGGUAAAGAUGCGAUUCUUUAUCAGCAUUCAUUCAAAGAAGCUCAAAGACCCGCUAGUCAUGCAAACAAUAUCGGCCUUGAUCUCAAUAUUCAGGGUGACGUUGCCUUGGCCAUUUCUGAUUACAUCGUCUCCAAAUCAAGUAAAGAUACAAACUCAUCCACCGGGAGUGGCGGAAGCGGUGGCGGUGGUAACAAUGGCGGUGACUCGAAAAGUGAAACAAGCUCAACGAAACAUGUACCAAAAGAACCGGCGAUUAUUCAAAUGGGGAAUUCAACCUUCUUUCCAAGUAUGGCCUCGUAUGCUCUUAACGCGGUUAACUCUAAUACGAAUAUAAAUUUUUCCACUUUUACUCCAGAUAAAAUGAAUCCAUUCAAGAAGAAUUCUGAUCUUACCGAAAAGUUUAAAUGUUCAUCUUCCUCUCUACGAAUCUUUGGUAAUACCAAUGUAGAAAAAUGUCUAUCCAUGGAAUGGUUUGUUUCGACCGCUUUAAGGUACAAACUAUUCGGUAAACCCUUUACCGAACUAUGUGACCAUAAUGCUGAAGUUUCUAAAGAAUUGAAUCGAUCUCAGGUUUCCCAGACUUGGAAGAUUUUAAGGUUACUUUAUUCAUCGACAAAAAUGGCUCAGAAUAGUGGGUCAAGUGAAGUUCGACCUUUCGAUUUAUCCUCAUCAUCAGUUCUCGAUCGACCUUUGGGAGAAUCUAAAUCUCGUCAUGUUUCAAAGGGGACCAACAGCGGCGGUGGUGAGACUCGAUCUGGAAGUGGAACUGAAAAUCGUGUACCUUCAACUUCAUCGAUAAACUCAUUACUAUUAAAUCCAAUUGGAGGUUCUCGUUUAUUCAACACCGGUGAUUCAACAUCAUCUUCAACCACAAUCUUAACACCAACAACCACCACAACUACUGCAACAACAAUUAACCCAAUCGAUUUGUCAACAGAAAAUAUUAUCAAAACUCCAGUUAAUUGUGAUACAAGUGAUCAUAUAAACAUUAACCUUAAACCAUCAACAAUAACCACAACAAUUGAUUCAUCACCAUCAGGAAUUAUUGAUGAUCAAAGUGGAUUUUAUUUUGAAAGUGAAGAUCUUAGUAACUCAGUGACCAAUUUUACCACCGAUUUUGAGUUAACACCAACAACAUCAACACUAUUUGGUGGUCUUGAUGGUAAUCAUUUGUUUACUGAAUCAUUCCGAACAAUUAACGAUAGUUACCUUCUUCCAGAUUCAUUUCUAAACAGUUCACAUCAUUCAGCUCACUCAUUUCACAAUCAACAUCAUUCCUCUAAUCACCAACAAAGUAAUAAUAAUCAUCUACUUCACCACCAACCCUUUCAUACUCAAUUAGCUUCACACCUUCACCCUCAUUCUCAUCCCUCACAUCUUCUUCAUCCACAUCAGCAACAUUAUCUUCAUGAACCCGGUGGUAUUGGUCUUGGUGGUUUAUCAGAUUACGAUGAUAAUGAUUCCCUUGACGGGAUUUCCAAAGAAACUCACCAUCGAUUAUCACUUGAAGAUGAUCCAAUCGAUGAUCCUACCAAAUAUCUUCUAACCUCUAAUUUACCACCUUUACCCACAUGGAAAUUCACUGACCUGGUCAUUGAGAUGUUACAAGAUUAUGCUAACAAAGGAGACAUUCAAACAACCGUUUCCAUGAUGAUAGUUCUCGGUGAGAGAGUCAAAAAUUCACUGGAUGAAUCAAUUCAAGAAUUUUGGGUUCACUCAUAUAUUGAACUAUUAAGUCGAUUCCAACUUUGGAACGUUGUUAAUCAAAUUAUUCGAGCCUGUAAUGUACCAAAUAUCAACAGUAUUAAUCAAACAUCGACAACAAUUUACACGAGUUGUGGUAAAUGUCAAAAAGGUUCAGCAUCCAAAGUUGGUUGGCUUUGUGAUAAAUGUAAAUCUUUACCUUCCCAAUGCUCAAUAUGCCAUGAAAUUGUCAAAGGAUUGUAUAUAUGGUGUCAAGGUUGUUCUCAUGGUGGUCAUUUACAACAUAUCACUGAAUGGUUGAAAAUAAGUCGACACUGUCCAUCAGGAUGUGGUCAUCAAUGUGAAUAUACCUGAAGAAAACAUAUCAACAUUUUCAAUGGCGAAAGUUUUGUCAAUAAUUCACUUAUUGCUUCAUCCACAUACAAAUACAUAAUUAUAUUCAUAAUUAUUAUCACAAUCAAUUUAUUAUAAUAAUUAUUAUGGUUACUACUACAAGGAAACCCCUAUUUUCAUGAAGACAACAUCCAACAAUCGGAACUGAAUUUGUUUACGUUAAUUUUUUUUUCUCUCUCUCUCAAAGGAAUCAAAGUACCGAGCAAUUAACUAAUUGUCUCGUCAUUUUGUGUAAUUUUUUUGUAUCCAAUUGUUUACACUACGUUUCCUAAUUGAUCAUCAAUCGUCUCUCAUAAACGUCAUCAUCAUCUUCAUCAAUUUCAUCCUAUCUUCUUGGGUUUUUCCUUGAUAAAACUCUGCUAAUUUACUAUUAUGUAAUUAAGAUGAUGAUGAUGAUUAUAUGAUGAUUAUUUCUAUUAUUAUGUAAUAAUAAACAUAAACUCUCUCUCUCUCUCUUUCUCAUGUUAA